GAAAAGUUCUGAAGAGUCGUUGGUGAUUUGGCCAGUUUUCGGCAAACAACAACGACGAGGAUGAGGAGCGUGUUGCGGCGACUGUCAGCCGUGCUGUUUGACCUCGAUGGCACCCUCGUCCACACCGACCAUCUGCACUACCAGGCAUGGCAGCAGAUUGGCAAGGAGAUUGGGCUUUCCAUUUCCAGCGAUCAAUAUGAAGAGACCAUCUCCGGUCGCCAGAAUCCACCCGUGCUUCGAGAGCUGAAGCCCGAGCUCCCUGAGCCCGAAGUACAGGAGCUUUCACUCCGCAAAGAGGCCUUGUUCCGGGAGCUGGCAGCGCAGUGCACAGACCCCGUGGAUGGCAUUGUCCAGUUCUUGGAGGCGCUGGAUGAUGCCGGUGUUCCCAAAUGCCUCGUCACAAACGCCCCGAGGAUCAACGUUGACAUGAUGCUGCAGGGUUCGAAACUGGACCGCUUCUUCCCCACCUCUCACCAGAUCCUUGGAGACGAGUGCACACACGCCAAGCCGCACCCUGAGCCAUACUUGCAGGGGCUGAAGCUGUUGAAUGCGCAAGGCAGCCGUGCUGUGGCCUUUGAGGACUCCAUUGCGGGCGCCUCUGCUGCCAUCAAAGCCGGCAUUCCAACCAUCGGUGUGCUCACCACCCUCAACCCAGCGGCCAUGACCAAGGCUGGCGUCGCCGCCACCAUCCAGGACUACACCGAACAGUUCCUUCUAUCGACACUGAACAGCAUAAAAUGAAGUAAACGCUA